UAUAAAAUACGCAAUAAAAGAAACUAACCUACACGACAACUAACAAAUAUCUUUGUGUAACUUCUAGUUGGAGAGAUUAUAAAAAAAGCAACAAAAUAACUAACAUCCACGAAAACUAACAAAUAUAGCCUCGAAACCAAAAUGUCAAGCUCGUUUCUGGAACUUCAGAGGAUAACGACGAAUCGACCCGACUCGUUCCCUUAUGGAGGGAUGCGGAUCAUGGGCGCCCUGCAGAUUAACACGGGGAUCAUCGUCUUCGCCCUGGGGAUGGCGGAUAUCAUCCUGACCAUGACGUCAUACGACAGUGACGUCACGAGCUACGGUUCGAAGUACGAAGCCGUCGUGUCGCUGACGCUCGUGUCGUCACCACUGUGGUGUGGGAUUUGGUUUGCGAUAGCGGGAGCCUUAGGCACGUGCAUAACAAGACAGAGGGCUCACUCGUUACAACUGUUGAAAAUAGCUUUCCUGGUAAUCAAUAUCUUGUGCAGUGCUGUAUUCGGUCCCGUUUGUAUGUUUAUCAAUGGAUACAUUUCAUAUACGCGCCACUCUAUAGACAGCUGUCGCCUCCAAUGGCUAGUGACUCUGUUCAUCUGUUUCCUCGGGGUUCUGGAGAUCAUCAUGUGCACGGCUAGUGCCUCAGUCACGUGCUGUUGCUCACCUCUCAACGCAACUCAGGUCCACGUCCUAGUGAAUCCACGAUGUUUAAAGGACGGCAAGUUUGUGGUGGAGCCCAUUGACCAGCAGAAGAAACAGCUGGCCUUGACCGCUCCUGACGACCACGGGGACAGGUACGCCAUCAGGAAAAUCGAAGGCAACAUCAUCAACAACAACACCAACAUCAACAACAACAACACGAUGAAGACGGAAGAGGAGAUUAAGAAGAUAUCCGCGAAGCCAAGGACAUCUCCAUUCAUAGUUCAAACCGUCCAAUCAAAUCGAAGCGUACGGGCGGAAGUGGAUGUGCCGAUUUACGAUUCGUUCGGAGACGAUUCACGGUAUCCCAAGCAAAAGAAAUGGGCGUUUCCCCACUGGUAAAAACUAUGAAAUAUAUUUGUGUGUUGA